AUGCACUACGCGUUCCGCCACCAUGACCAUGGCAGCCGCACCAUCAACAGGGCGCCAUCAAACAUGGACGAACACGAGGCUACGAGAUUGCUACAUUUGCUGGAAGAAGCUAAAAGUCAACUCAGCCAAGAGCAGAGGCGACGAGAAGAAGCAGACCGACGGUUUCGAGAAGAGCAGCAACGACGCGAAGAAGAGCGACAGCGACGCGAGGAAGCAGACCGCCAACGCGAGGAGGCAGACCGCCAACGCGAGGAGGCCGUGGCCGUGGCCGCUGCUGCGCGGCCACAGACAAUCCCCGACUACCUCGAGGCCUGCCAUCAACUCAGCCUGGCAAUUGACAUAGUCACGGACAAGACCCUCACGACACAAGGAGAGCCCACUAAACCCGCAGGACGCAAGUUUCCACAGCAAAUCAUUCCUUGGGACAACUUCGCCGCCUCGCAAGAAGAAACAUGGAGUCGACUAGCAGCUGACAAUGCGUUUUUUACGAAUACCAUUUACCCAUCUGCGAACCAAGUGGACUAUAUCGCAUCGUUGAACAGGCCAAUCAGCAGCGAACUUGAUCUUCGAAACUUUGAGCGAGAUACGGUCGAGAAUGCCGUCCAGAUACUGCUUGACCAGAUAUGCGGGAACCAGCGCCUGCGGAAUAACCUCGACAUUCAAGGCACGGUGAUGUUCAAGAAUCAUACGAACCUGGGCGACUGCGACAAGUAA